GGCUGCAAGAUGACCCGGUAAACAGUCCUAAAACAAACCCAGAAGUGGUUCCAGGGCGCUGCAACUGUUUUCUUAGAGCUGUUAUGGAUCUUCCGUGCCUUCGGUGGCAAGAUCAUGUCGCACAGAAAUGGACUGGACUUGAUCCAGAUCUAAAGGAAAAUUUUACAGCCACGCUUGCUAUAGACGAUGUCUUCAGAUGUGCUUUAAGUCUGACAACGCAACAGGAUCUGGAUUUCUUGCAGUCAGUCUCUGCAGGAUGCUCGGUGAGGAAAGACACAGAGCAAGCAACCAGAUGCAGGGAGAUGGGCAACUUAAGUUUCAAGGCCAGAGACUACAGGGCUGCAGCUCUGCACUAUUCACAGGGCAUAUGUUUUGCUCCUCAAAGGUCAGAGCAGCUGUCUCUGUGCUUUGCCAACCGCUCUGCAGCUGUCUACCAUCUGCAGCACUACAAGGAGUGCCUUGAUGAUAUCAACACGGCUUUGAAGAACGACUAUCCUUCUCACCUCUCCCACAAACUGCAGGAACGUCGCACACUUUGCCUGAACCACCUUAACCAAGCGGGUCAAGAUGGUAGAGGAGAAGUCAGAUCAGCGUCAUCGGGGGCUCUAACACCUGGAAUUUGUCCUCAAGCCUUUGUUAGCUACAGCAAAGAAAAAGGUCGACACCUGGUGGCUACGGAGAGAAUAGCAGCUGGGGAGGUGCUCCUUGUGGACCGGCCAUACAGCUGUGUCCUCAUACCAGGAAUGGAGGAGGUCAAAGGCAAAGAAGGAAGAGGGCCAAGAGAAGUGUUAUUUGGAGCUGAGAAAAGGCGCUGCCACCGAUGUUUGAGCGAAACUCUGUGUCCGGUGCCAUGUGAGGGCUGCAGUUACAGCCGAUACUGUUCCACCGGCUGUCGGCAAGAAGCCUGGGACGAGCACCACCGCUGGGAGUGUCCACUGGGAGCAGAUCUGAUGGUGACGGGUGUGCUGUCGCAGCUCGCUCUGCGGGUAACGCUGAAGGCAGGUUUAAAAAACAUCCAAAUGGCAAGGCAGCCUGUCAGCGACGAGGACGAGAAGGGCCAUUCAGAUCCACCCAGCGCUUGUACUUCUCACCAUGGUGACUCUUACCUGAGCGUCUUUCACUUGCUGCACCACAUUGACCAGCACUCCGUUAGUUUGCGUUUCCUGUGUGCCGUCACUAUAGCAACGCUAAGCUUGAAGCUCAUGAAGGCAGGACCCCCUCCCUUCCCUCACAAUUUUAGUAAGCCCCUUCCAGCCACCGGCCAAUCACCAGAUGGACCGAUCACUGAGAGAGAGGAAGCAGAGGGUUCAGAGCUGAGGCUGCUGGGAAGUGCAGUUCUGAGACACAUGCUGCAACUGAUAUGUAACGCCCAGGCAGUCAUGGCUCUGCAGGAUACAGGACCAGAGAACUCAUCAGUGCAGUCCAGACAGGAAGUUCGCAUCGCCACGGCAAUAUUCCCAACUCUUAGUCUUCUAAAUCACUCCUGCUGUCCCAAUACCAGCCUGACUUUCAGCACUGGAGCAGCCGUCAGCCCCUGUGGAUCAGAACCUGAAGACGUCAGUGAAAGUGGAUAUGAAAGCUGUGGAGUUACUGUGACGGUCAGAGCAGCCAAAGUUAUCUGUCCAGGACAGGAGAUCGCCCAUUGCUAUGGUCCUCACAAGAGCAGGAUGAAGAGACAAGAGCGCCAGCGUCUCCUGCGUCAGCAGUACUACUUCCUGUGUCGCUGUGAAGCCUGCAGCCUUCAGGAGGAGAUGCCGGGGGACAGGGGGCGGGAGCCACAUGAGUCUGGAUUCAUGUGUUAUAAGUGCAAAACAGUUCUCAAAAAAGGCCCUGAAAACACAGGAAGUGGAUUUACAUGUUCGUUGUCGACCUGUGGUAAUCAUAUGUCCUCCGCUGAAGUGAACCAGAAGCUGGAGGAGAUUAGGUCAUCCCUGGGGAAGGCUGUACAACUCAUAGAGACAGAGAUGCCAGGUGAGGCCCUCCAGUUCCUGAAAAGGACAGAGAGCACGUCGGGGCUAAUCCUUGCAGAGACACACCCAUUACGGGGGGAGCUGGCUGAUGCCACAGCCAGAGCUUAUGCUACCAUGGGUGACUGGAAAAAUGCAGCCUCUUGUCUGGAGCAAAGUGUUGCUGCAACUGCCUCCCAGUAUGGCGAAGACAGCAUUGAGCUGGGGCAACAGCUCUUCAAAUUAGCUCAGUUGCACUUCAAUGGCGGUGCCAGAGGUCCAGCCCUUUCUGUCAUUCCCAAGGUCAGCAGACUCCUCUGCCUUCACUGCGGUCCUGACUGUCCUGAAUUACAGGAGCUGAAGGCCAUGGAGGAAUGUCUACAAGGGUAGCGUCGUUGAAAGUGACCAUAUUUGAAAUGUAUAUACUUUGUAUCAGGCAAUACUAAAUAAAAUAUAUUAAAUGAAAAAGACUAUGAGC